AUGGCACAUGCUGCACACUCAACCCGAAGAGUCACAAACAAAUUGCCUGCCCAAGAAGUACCUGCAUCUCCCGUGGGGACCAGUGUAGGAGCAAAGGCACACGGUCUGGAGGUGCUGGAGGAUCUGCUGACCUAUGAUGAUCUUUUCUUGGAGUAUUUCAAUGCCUUCUUGGCUCAGCCUGCUUUUCCUCUGAGGCUGCAGUAUGACCAGCUCAGGGGGCAGCUGGAAGAGCUGGACGGCUUCCUCCAGGAGCGUCCUAGACAGCUGAGCUCUCCUCAGUAUGGAGCAAGUGAUGCUGAGAGGGAGAGGACUUUGGGAUGGCUUCAGAGGGAACGCUUAGUCCCAUUCCUAGGGACCACUUUUUAUCUGCAGUACAAACUGGCAAAGCUGCUGAUGCGUCCGCUGGAUGAGGGCUACCCGGUGAGCCGGCACGAAGUUUGUGGACACAGCCGUCAGUCUGACAGUGCUGCCGUCUCAAGCAUUCCCAGUCACCCCUCAACAGCUGGGCUGACCAUGGGGAUCUCCAGCCAUGAGCUUCUGAGGCCUCUUAGGUUGACCCACAGCACCCCAGCCCGUCUAGGCUGCCUUGUUGACAAUGCUGACUGGCAUCCCCAGGAGAUUUCCCUGGAGUUCUCAGCUGCCUUUGGUUUGGGGCAACUUCCCUGUGCAGAGGGGCUGAGCAGGCUACAGGUCAGCAGCCUCCUGUCUGACUCAAGCGUGGAAGCAACCAAUGGUGAGACUGCUGUGGCUUGGAGAGGGACAGGACGGGACUGUCCUUUGCCAGAAGGAGCCAUGGAUGAUUGGACCAGUGAGCCAGCGGGACUGCCUGUUGGCCUGAGCACACCUGCCUCUGGCUCCUCACUUGGAGCAGAGCAGGCCAAGUCCCACCUGGACAGGUGGGCUGGGGAGUCAUUUUCAGAUGCCAGGAAGGUGUUGCAAUUUGAUCUGGAUGAGGCAAGUGAUUCUGAGGGAGGAGAGGAGCCUGGGUUCCUUGGGAGUUUCAGCGGCUCUGCUCUGCAGCGUCUGAAGGAGGACAUCUUGGGGACGAGAGCUGGCAUGGACACCUUCCAGGAGUUUCUCCAGGGCACCCUGGGGAUCCAUCUCCUCUACUUCUGGAUUGACUGUGAGCAUGCCAAGGAGCGCGCCCAGUGCUUGGAAGCCAGUGAUGCCCAGCUCCUCUACACUGACCUCUUUCGGAGUAUUCAAGACAAGUACAAACUGGACCUGCCUCCUGCUUCCCAGGAGCAGAUCUGUAAGGCUCAGCACAGCGCAAGGCAGACUUCAGCUGCAAUCAGCAGGAGCCAAUAUGAUGCUCUGAGACGCUUACGUUCCUACUGGGUUCCUAGGUUUCUCAUCCACCAUGAGAGAGCCAAGCACCUUGGUAGGCUUGCAUCAGACUUGGGCUCCCAGGCCAAGGCUAGGUCACUCCUGCAUGCUGACCACCUGCCUUCGGUUAAGGUGUUUGCAGCACUUCCCAUAGUGGGGGACCGAUGCAUGAGUCGCGUGAGCAGAAGCAGAGACUGGCUCAGUGUUCUGCGCUCCACAGGGACCAGGCGUGGCAGGAUUGAGUCAGCUCAGCCACCAGGCCUCAUGUGGCCUCUUACUAUGACACCACUGACCUCCCGCCUCCUCCAAACACUCAAAUGUGAUCUCGGGGGUGUGGGAGGCUUUCUUCACUACCUGAUCAGGUAUGAGGAUGCUCAAGAGGUGCACAGCCUGUUGCUGUGGCAGGCACUGGAGGAGCACAAGGCCUCUUGGGAGAGGCAGGCAGAUCGGCUCCAGGUCCACCGUGCAGCCUGGCACAUCUUUCACACGUACUUGGCCCAUGAUGCGGGAUGUGAUGUUGGGCUGGGCUAUGAUAUGCCGCUUUAUGUCCAGCACCUCCAGGAUCUGCUCAGCACCAGUGAUGGAGGCCUGGAGCCCAUGGCCUUUGAGCCUGUGGCUCAGCAUGUGCUUGCUGUCCUCUGUCGGUCCUGGCUCCGCUACCUCCGCUACGAAAUUGCCACCUUCCUGAAGUAUUGUGUGCCAGCCUCUUUCUUUGAAGCCCAGGAUAUGGGGAGCAAAGAGAGUAGAACAAAGCAAGGAAGGAGAAACAGGGCCAGGAAGAGGAGGAGCAAUGCCAGAUCCCAUGCCCAGGAAGGAAGAGAACAGCAGAGGCAGAAGAAGAAAACAGCAUCCAAUCCACUGGGCUCAGGCCUGGCGGAGGAGGACACCCCAGCCGGCAGGGUGUCAGUGACAUCCCAGCCAUCCCCGGACCUGCUCAGCAACAAGGUGGUUUUUAAAGUUUAUAGGAAAGUGGCUCAGGAAAUGCAGGAUGCUGACUUGCAAAGGGCACUGGGACUGCUGCAGAAGCUGGAGUGCUGCCGGGAGGCCCCAGGGGACAGGCAGCGGCUGGGUAGCACCCUGAAACUCCUGGACCUCUGGGACCAGCAAGGGUCUGAGUCAGCCAACCCUCAGCUCCCUCGAAAGCUGAGGAAGAGACUGAGGGUGGAGGUGGCCCAGGGCAGAGUGAGCGACUUGAGCCUGGAAGAAAUGCAGGCGGCUCUAUAUUCGCAUGUUGCUCAGAGCUUUGAGGGCUUCUGGGCUGGGGUGAGUGAGGGGCUGAGCAGGCAUGGAGUGCAGCACACCCAUCUGCAGGAGGAGGGCUGGGCCAAGCUGGAGCCACUCCUGCACUCGCUAGCUGCCAAGGUGGCCCUCAAGCACCUAAGGAACAGGAAGGCCCAGGUGGGGUCUGCAGCCACGGCCCGGCCUAGCCAGGAGGACAAAGCCUCCUUCUGCCGGUCCCUCCGGGCUGCUGCCGAGGGCUGGCCCAGCCUGGAGAUGCUGCACUUCCUCCAGUACCUGCAGGUUCAUGGCCCCCCGGUGCUGGAGAUCGGUCUGUGCUUCCAGCUGGAGGUACAGAAGUUCAAGAACGCCCAUCAUGGCACGCCCGAUGGGGCCCUGCUCAGGAAGAAGGUGCAGGUGAUCCGUGACAGCUUCCUCCUCUCCCAGCUGGAGCCCAGGCUGCAGGUGGCAGUCGAUGCAGAGAAGCUGGAGAGAGCUGUGCAGGCAGCUGAGCAGGCCCUCCAGAAGGAUGCUCCGUUACCACCUCUGAGCCUGUUCGAUGAGCUGAGGGACUCUGUGUUCAGCAGCCUCCUGCCCUACUGGGCUUGUUUCCAGAAGGCCUGGCUGCAGCGGUCUCCUACAAGUGCCCAGAGAGCUCCAGUGCUGAGAGCUCAGCAGCUGCUGAAGCAGAGAUGUGCCUGGUUUGAGAAGCCCCAGGGCCUGCAACCAACGCUCCAGCUGCCUCCACUGCAACAGCCUGCUGCUGUCAGAGGAAAUGAGCAGCAGGACAACGUUACCUACACCUUCUCGGUCAGCAGGGGCAUUGCCCUGAAGCAACAUGCUCCAGAACAAGCCACCGGACAGCUGAAGCCAGCUUCCUCCAUUGUAGCACCCUUCACCGUAAUCCAGUGCAGCCACUGCUGGGCAGGAACAUGGCCUCCAGCAGAGAAAGUACAGCCAGCAUCAGCACAAAUACCUCUGGGCUCAGGCGUGGCAAGAGGUCAGCAAGAUUUCGGCUUCCUCCCAUUCCCAAAAUACCCGCGCCUAUCUGAUCUGGAUGGACACUACCAUGAAGAGAAGCAGCCAGAGCAGGCCAACUAG